AUGACGCGAAUGCUGCUGAUCAUUGCGCUGCUCUGCUGCUCGUACUCUCUCGCUGAGCCUGCCACUGCGACAAUCUUACCAUCUCGAUGGCUGGACGAGGGCGUGACUGACAUGAGUGAAGUCGUGACAUGGGGACAUCAGCAAAGAUUUUGUUUUUAUGAAAAUGCUUCGCUUCAUAUUCGUAUGGAUCCUCUAAACAGCACACUUCAACCGGCGCUAAUCCAGUCGCUCGGCCAGUCACGUGAGGCGAAUGCUCUAUUUAAUAUGACCAAUGCCACACUCUGGUACUUGCAGAGAGUUGCAUGGCCCUUACGUCCGGUUUUUUGGACCUGGACCGAGUUGCGAGUUGUGGUGAAGAGUCCAAAAGUUCAUCUGUUGAGCUUCACAUAUACACGGACUCCGCGAAUGUUAUGUCGAAGUGUAUUAAAGGCAGUGCAAUUGACUCUUACACUAGAAAAUUAUGUACCUCCAUUCGUCGUUCAGGUUGUUGAAAAAUUGGUGUUUGUGAUGUCCAAAUUGUUGUGUGAGAACUGCGUUAAUGGCUGUCCGCUCAAGUGCAGGGAAUUAGAAGAUGGAGGUACAUGCAUGCUCGAACUCAGUCCGUACCACGCACCAUGCAUUACAGUUACGGGUCCUUUACAGCCAUUUAUCUCCACAGUGACACCACACUUUUUUUAUGACUUCACGUUUUACACAUAUCUAACGUGGGUGUACGCUCAAAACUUUUUUCUGGGUCUACUGUUGUUUUAUUCUUCUGAAUGGCUCUCGCGAUCGCGCUCUUUCCACUACUUAUUGGGUGCCACUGUGGGUGUAUUGUUCUCAGCGCUUCUUGCUCUCUAUCUCUUCCAGCGUCAAGCUCGAAAUAGUACAAAAUUCUUGCCCGGAGCUCAAAUUGUGUCGUCAUUACUAUCUAUGGCAACGGUAGCGGUGCCAAUCACAAGUUUCGUGAUCAUGCCGAAUCUAUAUCGUCUCGGAACAUGGGCAAUCUCGUAUCUUGUUUACUUAUGGAAUCGGGAGGUUCUGUUCGGUAUCCCACACUUGGGUAAGAUUUAUUUUGCUUUUUUUGCGAUCUUUGGAUGCGUACUUGUAUGGUGGUAUCAGUGGGGUGCAUCUGCAAAGGUGGAUACUAUCGCACAAGAUGAAGAGGAUAAUGGAGAGAUUGACAAUUUGGACGAGGAGUUGCCACCACCGACGAAUUCGCAGCUCAUCAUAUCACGUUCUUUGAAGCUAGUUGGCAUGACAUUGUUAUUUUACAGCACAUCAUCGACCGAGACGUCGUUGUUGUUGAUACUUUUAGUAUCGCUCACGCGCGUGUUUGAAAUCAUUGCUACAAUCGCGUACUUUUGGUAUCAUUUCGAAAAGCCUGGUCGCCAUAGUAACUUAAUCACAAAAUCUCAAUACGAGAAACAAGGACAAUUUGAAACAGAGAAAGCGCUAGCUCAAUUGCAGGAGCAUUUGAAACAACAUCCGGAAAAGUUGGACUUAGUUCGAGAAGAAAAUGAAAUUCGGCUCCGAAGAUUUACCAGAGGUCGCAACCAUUUGGACGUGGCGACGCAAGAGUCAUCAGUAGCAAUAGAAGAGGAAGCAGAAUUUACAAUAAGAACAAGUUAUCCUGACUAG